GGUCAAUAACGUCCAGAGAGAGACAAGCGGGACUCAGAGACACACGGAGACGGACCCUGCUGGAUCGGUUCUGGUUCCGAGGUUCUGGAUCAUGGAGGAGACAAAGCUGAAAGCAGCUGCCCUUCUGCUGUUUCUGAUUCACAGCUGCCUGGCAGAUCAAGUUUUCCUCAACAGCCAGCUGGCCAAUCAGCUGCUGCCAAGGAGCCGUCGAGCCAAUCAGGUGUUUGAGGAGAUAAAACCAGGGAACCUGGAGAGAGAAUGUGUGGAGGAGAUCUGUGAUCACGAAGAAGCACGAGAAGUGUUCGAGCAGACGGAGAAAACAGAGAUCUUCUGGACCAAGUACUUGGACUGUAAAGGAACUCAGAUGAUAAGAACAGAAGACAACAUCAACCUUGUGAGACAGUGUGUAGAAGGUCGGUGUAUCUCUAGUUUAGGUGUGAACUACGAAGGAAAUAUAAAUAUCACACAAUCAGGAAGAAAAUGUCAACCCUGGAGUAGCAGCUACCCACAUCCCAUAUUCAGGGAGUUCAACGCUUCAGAACCAAACAGCAUCCUCCUCGAGAACUUCUGCCGAAACCCGGACAGCCGUCCAGACGGCCCCUGGUGCUUCACCGUGGACCCGGCAGUCCAGAAAGAGACCUGCAGGGUCCCCACAUGUGGUCAGGACUUUGUCCCGUCCACUCUGGCGCCUAAACCAACCAGAACCGCAGCGUGCCUCCCCAAUUACGGCGUGGACUACGUUGGUGACAUGUCCGUCACCCUAGGGGGUCACACCUGUCUGCGGUGGUCUAGCCGAGAGGCCAAGGCCCUCAGCGCAGCCAAGGACUUCCUCCCUGAGGUCGGCCUGCCGGAAAACAAGUGCCGUAACCCUGACAACGACCCAGAGGGCCCCUGGUGCUACGUGGCUCUUUCUGGAAAUGUGACCAUCGAUUACUGCGAUCUGGAGCUGUGUGAGGACCUGGUAACUGAAGACCUCAUGACCUCGGACACAGAAGGACAAGAACGAUCUGUCCUCAAACCCACCAGGAGGACCUUCUUCAGUCCUCGGAGCUUCGGAGAAGGAGAGAGCGUGUGUGGGGAACGCCCUCUGUUUGAAAAGCUGAAAAAAAAGGACAGGAAUGAAGCCGAGCUGUUGGAGUCAUACAGAGAAGAACGUAUCGUCGGGGGCGACGAUGCCGAGGUGGCCUCAGCACCAUGGCAAGUGAUGCUGUACAAGAGAAGCCCUCAGGAACUGCUGUGUGGAGCCAGUCUGGUCAGUGAUCAAUGGAUUGUCACGGCGGCUCACUGCAUCCUCUACCCGCCCUGGAACAAGAACUUCUCGGCCAGCGACAUCCUGGUGCGACUGGGGAAACACAACCGGGCCGCGUUCGAGCGCGGCAUCGAGAAGAUCGUGGCCAUCAGCGAGAUCAUCGUACACCCAAAGUACAACUGGAAGGAGAACCUCAACCGGGACAUAGCCCUGCUGCACCUGAGGAGGCCAGUGGUGUUCACUGACGCCAUCCACCCAAUCUGCCUCCCCACCAGGAAGGUGGCCACGGCUCUGAUGACCCAAGGGUACAAAGGCAGAGUCACCGGCUGGGGGAACCUGAAGGAAACCUGGAACCCUUCUGCAAGAAAUCUACCCGAAGUGCUCCAACAGAUUCACCUGCCCAUCGUGGACCAGGACAUCUGCCGCAGCUCCACCUCGGUGAAGGUCACGGACAACAUGUUCUGUGCCGGCUACAAACCAGACGACGUCAAACGCGGCGACGCCUGCGAGGGAGACAGCGGCGGUCCUUUUGUGAUGAAGUACCCGGCUGAUGAUCGCUGGUACCAGAUGGGCAUCGUGUCGUGGGGCGAAGGCUGCGACAAGGAUGGAAAGUACGGCUUUUACACUCACCUGUUCAGGAUGAACCGGUGGAUGAAGAAAAUAAUCGAGAAAGAAGACUAAUAGAAACAUUUACUGCUCUGUCCUCUGUAAGACAAUGCCAAUAAAGUUUGUCAAAAUUG